CUCUCUCUUCAUCUCUAAGGCAUGAAGAUGAAGAUGAGCAGUGAAACGUCUCCGUUGACGAAGAAGAAGAAGGAAGGAUUGGGGUGGAUAGAGUUAAUCAGAGGAUGGAGUUGUGUAAUCCACGAGUUUCUCUUCCAGAGAUUCAUGUCGUCUCAUCUACAGAAUCCACUUCCUCUUCCUUCGCUCAAUCACCUCACCUGCAUUGUCACUGGCUCCACCAGCGGCAUUGGUCGCGAAACCGCUAGGCAGCUUGCAGAAGCUGGUGCUCAUGUUGUAAUGGCUGUGAGGAAUACAAAAGCAGCUCAUGAGCUGAUUCAACAAUGGCAGAACGAUUGGUCUGGUAAAGGCCUCCCUCUUAAUCUCGAGGCCAUGGAACUUGAUCUUCUCUCUCUUGGUUCGGUUGUCGGAUUCUGCAAUGUGUGGAACUCGCGGUUAUCCCCUUUGCAUGUUCUGAUUAACAAUGCCGGCAUAUUUGCCAUGGGAGAGGAACAGAAGUUCUCAAAGGAUGGAUAUGAGCAGCACUUGCAAGUGAACCAUUUAGCUCCAUCGUUGCUUUCACUACUCCUUUUGCCCUCGCUUCUCCGAGGCUCCACCAGCCGAAUCAUUAAUGUCAACUCUGUUAUGCACUAUGUUGGUUUUGUUGACCCGGAUGACAUGAAUGUUGUUUCUGGUAGACGAAAGUUUACAAGCCUCGUAGGAUAUUCUGGCAGCAAGCUUGCACAGGUUAUGUUUAGCAAUGUUCUUUUGAAAAGGCUUCCUCAAGAAACUCGCGUUAGCGUUGUUUGUUUAUCCCCCGGGAUUGUCCUUACAAAUGUUGCAAGGGAUCUUCCGAGAUAUGUUCAAGUUCAAUAUGCGUUGAUACCAUAUUUCAUCUUUUCGCCUCAAGAAGGUUGUAGAAGCACACUUUUCUCAGCGACAGACGCUCAGAUUCCAGAGCAUUGUGAAAAGCUUAAAACGGAUGAUAAACCCAUUUGUACAUUCAUAUCUCAAGACUGCAAACACACAAAGCCUUCAGAAGAAGCACACAACAUAGAAACAGCGAACAGAGUUUGGGAGAAGACGAUGGAGCUGAUCGGUCUUCCUCUUGAUGCAUUGGAGAGGCUUAUAGAAGGACAAGAGGUGCAAUGCCGUUACGGCACUCAUCAAGAAUAAGUCUUCCUCCCAAGUCUAUUACAAGGCGAUAUAGGCUCUCUCUCUUCUUUUCUCCAUUUGAUAGCUUCUAGAACAUGACCUCAAAGCUGCAUUACGCUAACUACACACAUCCUAAAAGAUGAAUGAUGAGAUUUCACGGAUUAGCUUUCAUAUUUUUUUUAAGCAAUGUGGUUUUUUCUUUUCUAAGUUACAAGAGGCUUUGAUUGUUGUCGAAAAAAACGUCGUGUCGUGUUACAUAUAUUUUACUAGAAAAAGUCUGGCAUAUGUUUAGUUUUUUAAAAAUACAUUCAAUAUCUGUCACUUGGAGGGCCUUCUUGGCUUUGUAAUCAAGUGAGAGCUGAGGUGUUUUAAUUGUUAUUAGAUC